AUGUCAACGUACGGGGAGAACACCCGAGGGUCGAUGCUGAAGCUCUUCGCCAUUCUCAUGGCUGACUAUGGUUUGGACAGCUCAAGCGUGUUUCUGGACAUAGGCUCGGGACGAGGCAUUCCAUCACUCUUGGCAGCGCUGAUAGUACCUGGCAUAAAGGCUUCAGUGGGAGUAGAGUUCGACAAGAACGUGUAUGCCACUGCCAAGCACUUCCUUUCGCUGCUACACCACUUCGAAACCCUGCAGGAAGUGCAUGGGCUCGGCAGUGGCCCACCGGCCACUGGUAGAGGCUGCGGGCAGGAGUCAACUCCAGCACAGUCCGAGACGGCGGCAGCCCCUCUGGUCCUCAACACUCAACCGUUGAAUAUCCAUUUUAAAUUGAUGAACGCAGCAGAUCUCACCCAGUUCGAUCCGGUGACGCACAUCUACUCCUUCGACUUGGCCAUGCCCCCCAAUUUCAUCGCCCAUUUUGUUCAUCUCUUUAACCAGUCCAUAAGCUGCCGAGUAUACGUGAGUUAUCGCUCGGACUUGGUGUCGAGCUUCGGCCUCAAGGCGACGAUAUGCGAGAAGGUCCUCAUGACCAUGACGACUAGCUCUGAGGAUCAUACGGCAUAUGUGUGA